GUACGAUGGCGAUAACAAAUUUAACAGCAGAAGAAAGAGAUACGAAAACAUUUGAUGAAUUGGCAUGUUCCCCUUCUUUGGUUGGGGAGUUGCAACAACAAUCAACAUAUUUCUCAGCGGUCAACAUUCUCUUCUCCAUCACAGCAUUUCUUGGAAAUUCCCUUAUCCUUGUUGCCCUUCACAAGGAACAUUCUCUUCAUCCGCCGUCCAAAUUCUUGUAUCGUUGUCUGGCAACAACUGAUCUGUUAAUUGGUCUUGUUAGCCAGCCACAUAAUGCUACGUAUUGGAUGUCUUUGGUUCACGAGCAGUGGAGUCUUUGUCGCUACUUAUAUGACAUUGCUUACAUAACAAGCUAUGCAUUAUGCGGAGCGUCUCUAACGACAAUGACGGCCAUAAGCGUGGACAGACUUCUCGCCCUGUUGUUGGGGAUGAGAUACAGACAGAUUGUAACUGUGAAGCGCAUCUUUAUCACUUUAGCUUUCUUGUGGGUUUUGUGUGGUAUCGCUGCUUUAAGUUACAUUUUAGAUAAGCGAAUAACCUUUUGGUGUGGCUGUGUUGUGGUAACAUCUUGCCUUGUAAUCUCAAUUGCCUCGUACACAAAAAUAUUCCGAGCUCUCAGCCAUCAUCGUGCCCAAGUACAAUCUCAUCUGCGACAACAGCCGAGCCAAGCAAAUAGACUGAACAUGGCGCGAUACAAAAAGGCAGUGUACAGUGCUCUGUGGGUUCAGUUAGCAUUAGUUGUUUGUUAUGUACCCUACAGUAUUAUAGAAAUUCAGAUCACUUAUAGCAAAACGUAUUCACAUUUAGUUGUCAGUAGAGGAAUUGGAGUAGCCUUAGUUUACUUUAACUCAACGCUAAACUCGUUCCUUUACUGCUGGAAGAUUACUGAAAUAAGACAAGCAGUAAAGGAGACGAUCAGACAAGCACUUUGCUGUUCUUGAAGUCGGCUAUGGUUUGCUGAAGAAAAGAAACAAAUUUAAAUGACAGAUUUGAUGGAUUUGAUGGACUUUCCCGAACCUAUGUAUUAAUUACUGGUUGCACAAAAUUUGUUUUUAAUUACCUUCAGAGCAACUGAUCAUGAAGAACGGGCAAAAACUCAUUUGAGCGACAAUAUCUCAAUAGUGGGAUCUUCUUGCUGGCAAAGGAGUAAAGAAGACGAAGAAGAAACUCAUUAAAAACAGACCGGAGGCGGAAAUUUCUUCCUUGCAGAGCCUUGUUUAUAAUAUUCAGGCAUUGGUGAAAAUUGUCAACUUAUGGUUGUAUUGAUAUGAAACGAACUGACUAGUUCGCCGGAAUGAAACUCACUGUCAAUGCUGAAAACUGUGGCGGCAUAAAUAAUGACAUGUUAUAUCAAAAACUUUAAGUUUUAAUUAAAAGAUCAAAGACAGAUGAAAAUAAAUCAGGAUCACUACGCUGUUGGUAAAUUCUGAUGAGGAUAUUGUAAAACAAAGCAACAACGUCAGGACCGUUUCACCUGCAGAAUACGUGACAGCCUGUUUUACAACCUAAAUUUAUCUCAUCUCAAGCAUUGUCAGUUUAUGAUUGGAGGAAAAAGUACAAGACAUUAUUGUCGUCGCGAGGUUUUGCAUAGGCACUUCGUAUAUGCAUUUUAAAUAAGUGAACGUUGUUGAAGAUGUUUCUAUGUAAAUGUAAUUAAAAAAAGUGAAUUUACGUGAUCGCAGCCUGGCAGAUGCUGUCAAGAUGUUACAUACAGUUACAAAUAAACACGGGGGAAAAACGAAACCACUUUUUAA